AACCGCUUAUGAGUCCAUAGCAACCUGAAAGACAAGUAGGACGGAAAAGUUCUCAGCGGUUUUCUAGGUUGACCUUAAAUAUUUUUUGUGAUGGAUAGCAUGAAGCGAAAGUCUCACGUUAAACGGGUUUUUGUAAACGACGUCGACGCAUAUUCUUCACGACACAUUGCCGAGGUUUUAGUUAAACCUGGAGCUGAAGAGGAGUCAGAAGAUGACGAGUCACCGUCUCCCUGGGAUGAGCCUGCUUUUCAGAUCAUUGGAACUGUGUCCUCCACCGAAGGGGAGAAACUACCUUUCCUUCACCAAAAAUAUGUGUCUCCAUCCAGAGAUGAGCUUUUGCAGCUGCUGCUGGAGUGUGAUGUGGUCGUCUACAACGUCACAGAAAGCUCAACACAACAGCAGGUUGAAGAAGCAACAUGGGCAGUGACAGCCCUGCUUAAUGAAAUGGAAAACUUCAAAUCCCGGAAAUAUUUCAUCCUCGUCUCUUCAGUGAUGACUUGGGCGAUGUCCAAGCCAAAAGAAGCAGAUGAAGCAGAGGACUAUCUCUCAGAGGAGGAGUUUAUCCGAAGAAGGCCUCAUCCUAGUUUCAGGAAACACAAUAAUCUGGAGAAACUUGUUCUCAAAUUGCCCAGAGGUAAAACCUCUAAAUUAAAAGGUUAUGUAGUAGGAGCUGGACUUCAGUAUGGAAUGGGAGAGGAUAUCUUUCACUACUUUUUUAAGGUUUCAUGGUUGUUGCAGGAUCCAAAGGUCCCCAUAUUUGGAAAUGGCACAAAUUACAUCCCCAUGAUUCAUGUUGGGGACCUUGGAAGGGUGAUCCAAAAUGUCAUUAAGCUGAAGCCAAAGUCAAAAUACAUCCUUGCCGUUGAUGAAUCCCAUAACACUUUAGAGGAUGUUGUAAAGGCCAUAAGUAAUGUGCUUGGGCCAGAAAAAGUCUGCAAGGUCCCCCUGGAGGAUGCCAUCACCAUGAAAGCUUUUAAGCCAGAGGAACUGGAUUGCCUGAGCAUCAACCUACGUAUGGAUGCUGCUGUUGACAGUGACACAUUUAGUUUUAACUGGAUUUGUAGAGAUGGGAUGGUGGAAAACAUGGAGAACAUUGCAGAUGAGUACAAACGUGCAAGGCAGCUUCUUCCAAUCAAAAUCUUCCUGGUUGGACCUCCGGCUGCAGGGAAGACAACUGUUGCAGAGAAGCUCUGCCAGCUCUACAAAUUAAACCACAUCAACAUCAGCAGGAUGAUUGAGGAGAAAACUACAAAGCUGAAGGAUUUGAUAAAUGAAGCUGAGCUUGAUGACGUUCAUGAAGAGGCUGCAGCUGCCGCACAGCAACAACUGGAAAUUAUUAACCAGAGCAUGGAGAAGAAUCAAGGUCAGCUGGAUGAGUCUCUGAUUUUUGAGAUUUUACGAGAAAAGCUGUACUCUAAGCCUUGUAGGAACCAAGGGUUUGUUCUUGAUGGCUUUCCUGAGACAUUUGAGCAAGCAAAGGUGAUUUUCUCUGACGAGGAACCAGUGAGCCAGGAUUCAGAAUUAAUCUCCAAAAUCCCACGAUACAACAAAAUCAUCACCCCAGAGCAUGUUUUUGUCCUCGAAGCAUCAGAUGAUUUUCUGAUGAGACGAGUACAAGGACUCCCACAGAGCACAGCUGAGAAAAUGAGCUACACACAGGAGGAAUUUGUGCCUCGUCUGGCUCGAUACCGGCAACUUUUUUGCACGCAGGAAACCUUGUUAGAUUUUUUCGAUUACCGGGAAAUUCACCCACAAUAUAUAGAGAUCAACUCAGAGGAUUUGGAAUACGCCGGUGUUAUGAAGAAGAUAACAGAGGAUGUGGGGGUUCCCAGGAACUACAGUCCAAAUCCAGAGGAGCAGAAAGACGAAAACAGAAGGAAGGAAGAAGAGAUAAAGCAGAAACUGGUUCCUGAGACUGAAGAGAAGAAAAUCAGGAAGACAGCUGCGCUAGCUGAGAUGACAAAACAUUAUGAGGAGUGGAAGAAGAACCUGUCGGUUGUGGAGCAGGAGGAGUCUGAGCUGCUGGAGGCUAAAGCUCUUCCACUCAGAAACUACUUGAUGAAGUAUGUCAUGCCUUCACUAAGCGCAGCCAUGCUAGAGUGCUCCAAAAUCAAACCGGAAGAUCCGGUCGACUUUCUGGCUGAACAUCUUUUACAGAACAACCAAGACAACUGAAUAAGAUUAUACAAACCAUGAUCUCUUUUAUAAACUUAUUUUGAACAGUU